CCCCUGAAGGCCGCAGCGGUCCAACAGGUGGCUCCAUUGUUGAGCAGGUGAAACGUGAAACUGUUCCGUGAUUCGUUUUCGGCAUGUACGUACCUGAUUAAUUGAUCUGCCACCGCUUCGUGGUGCAGCGUGCUUCGAUUUGUACUGUUAUCUGUUGGACUCAUAUUUUAUUUACUCAUGCGACCCAAAUUUCUCCAGAUUCUAAAGAAUAAGAGACAUGCCUCCAUCAUCGCAAUCGAAUUGGACCAAACCUUUAUUGAAAGGGGGUCAAACGAUGCAGAUGCAAGUAAAAUGCACUGCCAGUGGUGCCAAUCGAAGUCAAAAUCAAAACCAAUCUGGAGACUACGUUGGUCUGAUUACGAAGAGAAUUAAAGUGGUUCUUAUUGGAGACGGUGCUGUUGGAAAAACUAGCUUGGUUGUUUCGUACUCGACCAAUGACUUCCCUGGCGAAUACGUACCUACUGCUUUCGAUAAUUACAAUGGUUAGCAGAAAAUAUUUUUAAAUUAAAAAUUGAAUUUGAAAAUCUAAACCAAUGAAUGAGACCAUUUGAUUAUAUUUUAACUG